AAUCGCAUCUUCUCUCUCUCUCUCUCUCUCUUUCUCUCUCUCAUUACUUCUUUUUCCAAGUUCCUCCUUUCUCGUGGAAAUUCUCAAAUGGAAUCCCCGCCUCCGCCUCCUGCGGCGUCUCCACCUAUUUCCACCACCUCCAUUCCCGCCAUCUAUCCCGAUUCCAUAGACUCUUCGCCACGUUCUCGUAACACGGACUCAUGGGACGACCCGGCUCUUCCCACUGCUCUCCACUCAAAGCUCCGCCUCAUGUGCAGCUAUGGCGGUACCAUCGUCCCUCGUCCCCACGACAAAGUCUUAUGUUACAUCGGCGGAGACACUCGUAUGGUUGUCGUUGACCGCCACACUACGCUCGCUUCCCUCCACCACCGCCUCUCUCUUUCUCUUCUCCGCGGCUGCCCUUUUACUCUAAAAUACCAACUUCCCUCCGAAGACCUCGACUCUCUCAUCUCCGUUACAACCGACGAUGACCUCGAAAACAUGAUCGAUGAAUACGAUCGAACUUGUUCCCAAACGACGUCGUCAAGUAAGUCCUCCCGGAUUCGCCUCUUUCUUUUCCCUCUCAAUCCGGACGGAACCCUAGCGUCUUCUCAUUCAAUUGGGCCGAUUAUUAACAAUUCCACCAAGUCCGAUGAAUGGUUUCUUAACGCGUUGAAUGGGUCUGGGUUGUUGAACCGAGGGUUUUCGGAUCCGACGACGAACGUGAAUUUGUUGGGCUUGGAUGAAGAUCGUCAGGGAAACGUCGUAGAAGUUGGUUCGAAAGAUGAAGGGAGUGGCAGUCGGAAGAAUAUGAAUUCAAAAAGUCAAGAUGUUCAGUCGGUUCCUGAUUCUCCCAUGCUUGAAACUACUUCUUCUUUUGGUUCAACUUCUUCUCCUCCUUCGCUUGCUAACUUACCUCCGAUCCGAGUCCAUGUUGAGGAUCAGAAGGAGCAUAAAGUGGGAAUUGAGGAACAGUUUGCUCAAUUUACUGUAACUGCUUCUUCUGCCGUUGCUGCUGGUGUUGGAGUGAAGCAACAGGAUGAAGUGUUUGCGGCUUUGUCAUCCCCACCGCCAAUGCCGGUGGGCAUCCCCGCUUCUGGGGGUGGAGUGGUCGUGAAUUCAGGUGUGGUUCCCGGGGAGUACACGAAUCGGGUUCUUUCAGAUGAUGAGAGAUCAGAUCAUGGGGUUCCUGUGGGUUAUAGGAAACUGCAAACUCCACAGCCUCAGGGUUUGCCUCCUCAGAAUCAACAGAAGUAUGGCAGUGGUCAAGAUUUGACUUCUCCAGAUUCGAUCUCAAGUGACAGUAGUUUUACAAAUCCAUUGUCGCGUCAAAAACCUGUGAUUUAUCAAGACCCAGUUCUUCAGAUCCCAUCUGGAGCUAAUAGGGUUCCCGCAAACUCCAUUGAUCCAAAGCUUAAUAUCUCUGAUCCCGACACAAUUGGCCGAGUUCAGAUACAACAACCAUUUCAGGAUUCUGGUUAUGUAUUGCAGCAACAUCAAUUCGAGCAGCAGCAACAGCAUCCGCUGCAGCAGCAACAAUUCUUACAGGCUACUGCUGCUGCGCCACAUUACAUUCAUCAUCACCCUUCUGGGGCGGUGCCGAUAUCUGCUUAUUAUCCUGUAUAUCCUUCCCAGCAACAGCAGCAGCAGCAGCAGCAGCAACAUCUUCAUCAUCAAACACAGAUUGAUCAGCAAUAUCCCCUGUAUUAUGUGUCUGCAAGGCAGCCCCAAACUUACAGCAUGCCUGUUCAGCAACCUAGCAUUAGUGAAGCCCCCACGGGACUCCCUUCAAGCCGUCCGCAGACUCCUCCCAAUCCUACAAUGGCUCCCACACAUGUAGCAUACAACCCUAUGAGAAAUGCUCCUCUUGCCAAACCUGAAAUGACUGCUUCCACGGGUCUAUACAGAACAUCAAAUACCAGUAACCAGCAACUGGUUCAAGUGCAAAACAGUCAGCACCAGCAACAAUAUGUGGGUUACUCCCAGAUUCAUCAUCCUUCCCAAUCUGUCGCACCUACAUCUGCCGCAUCUGCCCAAUAUGCUUAUGAAAUCACCGAUCCCGCUCAUGCUCAGAUGUAUUACACACAACCUUUAGCACCCAACAUGCCUUCUCAGUACCAAACCAUGACUGGAGUAGUAUUGCCAGAUGCAUCUGCGCAAAUUCCGACUGAUAACAUUAAGUCCCAGAUCAGAACAUCUCAGCCAAUAUAAAUCAGUCAAGAAGGAAGCAACACUAAUUUCGAAAGAAGGGUUUGGGUUAUAUCUUUAAAUUCUGUUUAGUGUCUGUCUUUUAAUUUUGUAUUGGUUUGUGGUAUGUAUUUGCGAAAGAUAAUAAGGAACUCUAUGUUUUAGUAUCUCGUGUAUGUCAUAUUGCUGGUAUUGUCAUAGGAAAUGAAAGUCAUCUGAAGAUUUAUACUGUAAAAGCUCAAACUCUUAUAUUGUGUGCAAAUCAAAUAUCUGUUACUUAAUGAUGGUUAUACAAAUACCGAAAGAUUUCAAG